ACAACCUCUUUAGUAAUAAUCUGACAUGUCACAUAUUUACGGUUUUCUAUAAUUUACAUGUCGUUAAAAUAAUGUUUUUUACAAUAAUUUAGUAAUACCAAUCUAAAUUAUUGUUUGAAUCGAAUAAAUGAGCGCAGAAGAAACUGUAGUAACUAUAAUAGAAGAUGACACUUCGAAUAAAGCAGGAAGUGAUGGAAAUAAAGACGAUGACAAAUACAAAGUAUUCAAUGGUUGUACUGAAAAUACUCCCGAAAAAGAUGUUGAAAAAACCGAUAUACCCCUAUAUGAGAUACCCAAAGAGAAAAGUGAGAAAUCGAAGGCGUUUGAUGACAAAGUUUAUGUUGUAGCAUAUAAUUCGGUACAACCACAGGGAAUGCAACGUGCUGGAGGUAUCGGUCCAUCAUUGUAUUACGAUCCUGCACGCAAUGAUUUUGUGAAGUUGGUACUAAUUCUUGUCUUGGUGAUGUUACUAAUAACAGCGGCCGUUUUAGCAAUGGUUAACUCUUCAGACGAGUGGCGUGAUAUCUUUGUUUCAAGUGGUAUGAUGUUACCAAUGUUUGCACUGUUACUUCUGAUGGGCGUUAACUAUGCAUUUAUAUGUAGCGCCUGCGCACGAUACCCUCCUUGCAAUUUUGUGUGCUUGUUCCUUGCGGUGGUUGCAAUGACUAUCCUCGCCUCUUUCAUCACGUCGCAUUAUCGAACGGAAAUUGUUCUAUACGCUACCAUAGCGACUGCGGCGGUUGUAUUCGUCUGUGUUAUUUUGGCAUUCACUUCGUUUGACUUCACUGCGUGGAUAUUGUACGUGAUUGUGAUAUCUGUCGCGUUGUCAGUGAUAACUAUGAUUGUAGUUCUAAUGAUGCUCAUCACAGGUCAGACUAUGAAACCUGUCGUACUGGUUCUUUUGAUUCUUGCUACAUUAGUACAAUGUGUUAUGUUAACGAUAGAACUUCAGAGUGUAUUAGGUGGACGAUCUGUGGAGCUUUCUGAAAAUGAUUAUGCCCUCGGCGCCUUCAUGAUUUAUACAUCUAUUAUCAGUAUCUUUCUUAAAAUAGUUCAAAUUCUAGGUAUUUUGGAUGACGGAUAA